AUGGGGCUUACUGGGCUCCCAUUCAGGAUCAUAGUGGUGGUUUGGAUUCAGUGCCCGAGUCAUGCGUGUUGUGGUCUUAUUGACAUGGAGGGCGAAUUUGUUCAGAGAAUUUUCAUACAGUCAGCUAUGUUCCAGAAUUUUCUCGACUAUCUCCCUCUUCUGCGACGGAUAAGCCUUGCUAGGAACAAAUUACGAUUUCUUCCUUCUUUAGCAGCUCAGAACUCGCGUCUCAUCUCUCUCGACCUUCGGCACAACGAAAUUGAAACGGCGGAUGUUCAGGCUUUCUCCUAUCUACCAAGCCUCAUUCAACUCGACUUGGCUCACAACCGGCUUCAAAGCCUCCCGCAGAUGACGUUUGCAAAAAACAAGCGGCUAGUGACUCUGAAACUUCACAGGAACCCGUGGAACUGCGAUUGCAGAUCAAAGCUUCUGAUGUACCUUGUGCAGAGCCUAUCGUUGUUGAAAAAGAGUUCAACAGCAUUCUGGAAUGCACGGCCGCUGGAGGUGGUGAGAUCCACUGGUUAUAUAAGUAAGUUACCGUUUCAGAUUGCCAAAAUCAAACCUUCCGUCACAUUCUCACAAUGUACUCCUCAUCAGUACUGUUUCAGCAAUAUCGAUCUCGACUUUUCUUCGGCCGAUUCCUAUCAGGUGACCGUGAAUGGUUCAUUGAUCAUACCAAAAGGAUCACCAACUCAAGGAUUUACAUGCACAGCUGAUUAUGGAGCGGUUCCAAGGAGAACGCUUCGUCAAACGUCAUCUUCAGGACGGAGGCCUCAAUUUACUUUCAAGCCAAAAGACAGCUCAUAUAGAGAAGGCACUGCAGUCAAAUUGCAUUGUGAAGUGAUUGGAGACCCCAGACCGACGAUUGUUUGGUAUCAUCGACGGCAACCGAUCGUCAACUCGAGAAAGCACGAGCUGAUCAACGCCAAUUCUAUCCUCAAAAUUUAUCCUUUUCUGGAAAACGAUGUUGGAAGGUUCAGAGGUUCAGCUGGCAAUAGUUGUCCUUACAUGGUUAACCAUUCUGAGCAAAUCUAUAGCACUGAAUUUUCUCACCAGAUCGAUUUACAUGCACGUACGGUUCAGGUCACCUUCGCCUGUCGUGCUCGUGGUGUUCCUAGACCAGAAAUCACUUGGUUCUAUGAGGGUUCAGUUAUUCCUCAUAUCAAAGGACGUUUCAGGGUUUCAGAUGAUGGUACUGAAUUGACGAUCACGAAAGUUAAUCGUCAAGACGAAGGCGUCUAUUCUUGUAUGGCAGGCAAUAGUGUUGGAGCCAUGAUGGCCGAUGCAAAGCUCACCGUCGAAGGAGAUUUCGCCCGCACUAUUUUCAGGGCUGUAGACAACACGCGCGUCCAGUUGUCGCAGGAUCGGGUCUCCGAUCCGGAGGAUCUCAAGAGAUUGUUCCGGUUUUCGAUUCCGGCUCAGGCAGUUGAGCUGAGCAAAGCUCGUGACAUCUACGAAGAAAGCGUGCGACUCGUUCACGAACACAUCCAAAGAGGACUUCGCCUCCCUGUGGAUAAGCUGGCACCAAAGAAUGUUUCCUAUGAAGCCGUGCUGGCCCCAUCACACGUUCAAACUCUCAUGGAGCUUUCCGGAUGUCAAACUGGGCAAUUCAAGAGUGCCUGUAAUGAUCUGUGCUACCACAAUAAAUACAGAUCCUACGAUGGUCAAUGCAACAAUUUCGAACAUCCGAUGUGGGGAGUGUCACAGAUGCCGUUACUUCGACUGUUGCCACCAAUUUAUGAGAACGGCUUCAGUACACCGGUCGGAUGGGAAAAGGGACGGCUCUACUACGGAUAUCCCAAACCGAAUCCACGUGAUGUCUCACGAAUACUUGUGGCUACCGAGUCUAUCACUCCGCACUCGUACCUAUCAGCGAUGGUUAUGCAGUGGGGUCAAUUUAUAGAUCACGAUCUAACCCACACUGCUACGGCGCUUUCUAGACAAAGCUAUUCAUCUGGAGCUAUCUGCAAUAAGACGUGCGAGAAUCUGGAUCCUUGCUUCAAUAUUCCCCUGUCACCCAGUGAUCCUAAGCAUCAAAAGUAUCCAUGCAUCGAAUUCGAGCGAAGUGGUGCAGUAUGCGGUAGCGGAGAGACGUCGUUGAUUUUCCAGCGUGUCACAUACAGGGAUCAAAUGAACAUUAUUACUUCCUACUUGGAUGGUUCGAUGAUUUAUGGCAGUACAGAAGUACAAGCAUUGGAACUUCGAGAUCUUUUCGGUGAUCAUGGAUUACUGCGGUUCGAUAUUGUGUCAACGGGACAAAAACCGUACCUGCCAUUUGAACGCGACUCGGACAUGGAUUGUAAGCGGAACUUCUCGCAAGAGAAUCCGAUACGGUGCUUCCUUGCUGGUGAUUUGCGUGCCAAUGAGCAGCUCGGUUUGACUGCUAUGCAUACACUUUUCCUUCGUGAGCACAAUCGAAUAGCUGCCAAGCUGCUCGAGUUGAAUGUGAACUGGGAUGGAGAAACGAUUUUCCAAGGCACGUCUUAUUUCUAUUCCGCAAUUAUUCUCAGGACAAUUCUAAAAAACAUCGGCUACAAUGAAAUGAUCGGCGAUUACGGUGGUUACAAUCCACAUGUUGAUCCUUCAAUAUCGAACGCAUUCGCGACAGCAGCCUUCAGGUUCGGUCACACUCUCAUCAAUCCCACACUGUUCCGUUACGACAAGGACUUCAAUCCGAUCAAGGAUGGACAUAUUUCUUUGCAUAAGGCGUUCUUUGCUCCUGAACGACUAUUGGCCGAAGGUGGUAUCGACCCGCUUGUACGAGGAUUGUUCGCUUCUCCAUUGAAGAUGCCUAUGCCAAGCCAACUUCUUAACAUGGAACUCACCGAAAAGCUGUUCGACCGCUUCCAUGAAGUUGCUCUAGACUUGGCGGUGAUGAAUAUUCAACGCGGACGAGAUCACGGUUUACCAGGUUACACUGAGUAUCGCCGUUUCUGUAAUCUCUCUGUACCCCAAACAUGGGAUGAUCUCGCUGCUGACAUUCCGGACGCUUCAGUCCGUGCAAAGAUGAGGAGCCUGUAUGGAGAUCCAGCUAAUGUCGAUUUAUGGGUUGGUGGUAUUGCGGAACAGCGUCUACCGGACGCAUUGAUGGGACCGACUUUCGCCUGUAUCAUCGGCGAUCAGUUCAGGCGUCUGAGAGAUGGCGAUCGAUUCUGGUACGAAAAUGAUGGCAUCUUCACGAAGUUGCAACUCCAGCAAAUAAAGAAAGCUUCAUUAGCUCGGAUAUUCUGCGACAACGGCGACAGUAUCGAUCGUGUGCAGCGCAACGUUUUCUUCUAUCCGGGUAACUCAACGAAGCAAUAUGGACGGUGUGAAAACAUUCCUGAAAUCAACUUGAACAUGUGGAUGAACUGCUGCGACACUUCAUGCAGUUUAUCUCCGCCAACGUCAAGGUCCGACAUCUGCUCUAUUCAAACAGAUAUUCACUUGCUUUUCUGA